AUGACCGAACAAGAAGAAAAAAUGGAUCCAUCAAGUCUUAGGAAACUGGUGAACCGGGUUAAGGCUUGUACUCAACUAGCGUUUAUGAAGGACUCGGAUUGGACACGUCAUGACGUGAUACCGGCCAUCGAGAAAUUCGUCAGCACUAAUGAAAAUAUGAUUUGUUUGUUCUACGAAGACGACGUGCUUAAAGCCACUUUUUCUAUACCCGACACUCAAACAGACAGCGUAAUGUGGUUCAUGAAGAAUGCCGAUGAGCCUGACGUACGUCUGGACAAUUCGAAUUUCUUGAAGUUGAUAUCUUUCGGAAAGUUAGACACGCAAGUGGAGAAAACAAUGUUUCUUUUGUGGGACUCUUUUUAUUCGCCGUUCAUAUUUUCAUGGUCAUCCAGUGAGAAAGAUAGGUUUUUUGAACAAUACAGAAUCGUCAUUCAAGAAUUGUGCUCGUUAAGGUACAAAUUUUUAGGCAUGCCCAGUAUUUACAUUCCACCGUCAACAGUCUUAGAUAUAACGAAAAGUGUUAGCGAAGAAACUCUCAAAGUCCUCGAAAACAUUAUGAACGUUUACAUUACUGAGAUUCAAAUGUGUUUAAUGGAUUAUGGGAGAGUGCCAACUCGAUGCGAAUAUAUGUUGGAACAUAUUAUUGAUGAAUUAAAUUUCUGGGAAAAUAGAAGAACUCACUUACGAUUCAUAACUACUUUAUUAAAUUACAAGAGCGUCGAAGAACUACUUAAUCUAUUGAAACACCAUCAGUCUAUACUAAUCCAACCAUUCAAUAAAAUAAUUAAUAAAAUCGAGGAUGCAAGAAAAGAAGCCGAAUUUAAUAUGAGAUACUUGGAAAUCUUAAGACAACCAUGCAUGGGAAUCUACGACGCAAGUUCACUCAACGUCAUAUCAAAUGUUCUACCAGAUAUUUUCAUGAAAUUUUUCUUUAUACUUGAAGAAUCUCCUUAUUAUAACAAAUGGUCUGAUAUCAAUCGUUUGUUUGAGUACUUGGGAAACCAAAUCGUGUUCGUUUGUAGAAAAUCAAUUAAGUUGUCUGAACUGUUCGUCGGAAAUACAGAAUUAGUGCUAGAUAAAUUGCAGCUAUCCAUGGAAUGUUGUGAAAAUUAUAUAAAAUUGUAUACAGAGGCGAUUAAAAUUUACAAUUCAAAGUCCGAAAAUCAUUGGUCGGUCGAAACCAAAGAUGUACAUUUGUUUUUGGAACGGUGCAAAGAUGUUCAAUACAUAUGCAAAGCUAUGAUUUUAUUCAAGAGAUUAAACGGACGUGAUCCGGUACCGAAACCAGAGUUUUCGUUUACAAGAGGAUCAGAAUUCGAAUUGGUGAUAGAAUCGAUAGAAACGCGUUUCGAUAAAAUGAUCAACAAUCUGGAAAGCGUGCAAAAUGUAAUAUUCAACGUGAACUCGGCGGAUUGGUUUGAACACGAUUUGAAAUUCAAAAACGAAGUAAACGAGCUGUGCGAAAUCGUCGAGCAUUUAUUGAACGACGCGAUAAGUGUCACGUGUAACGCCGAAGAUGCUCUGAACGUUCUACAGAGUUUGCAUUACUUUGCUGCAUGGCCCAACCUGAAAGGUCACUUUCAAAAAAAAACCAACCAAGUGUACAGCAUGUUAACCGACGACAUUUCAUCUGCAAUGCAACACUACGCCGGUCACGAGUAUCCGGUCUCGCUCCUUAUGCCGCGAUAUUCGGGCGUUUGCAUAUCGUCUAUGACCGAAUUCAAAAGGAUAUCGACGCUGAAGAACCUGGUCUCGGAUCGUCCGUGGUUGAUGGCCUGUCCAAACGACAAGAACUUCAAUAAAAUGUAUAAACGGUACGCGACCAGUUACCGCGGAGUGAUAACACACGUGUUGAGAAUGUGGAUCGAACAAAUUCCAAUGGACUACGAUAAACACUCGGAAAGGAAUCUGAUAGUCGGAAAUCAAAACGAACACUACUGGAAUUUAACGACUAAUCUUGACAGUUUUGUACUCGACUCGGUGAACGAAAUCGAACAUUGGACAUUACUUGGAUUCGAUAUUCCGCUUUAUCCAAAGAGUAUAAUAGCGAAUGCGCCGAACAUAAAACUAUUGCACAGAAACGUUUCGAAGGUCGUCGACGAUUAUAACUAUCUCAUAUCUGGUCUAUCCGAGCAAGAAAUGCUUUUGUUCAGCGAACUUAUUGAAACAUGCAACAAAAUAACACUGCCGAUGGCUCGAAGUGUCACAUGGACGCAACUCAACAUCGAAAAUCACCUGACCGGAUCGUACGAAUUACUUGAAUCGGUGCAAAAUUGUGUUGACGGUUACAAACACUGCAAUGCCGGAAUAGUUGAAAUUUGUGAGUGUAUAUCGUUUACUUAUCUGUUCAAAACCAAAGACAUGCGAAUACAGGAGCUUCGAGAUUUCAAAAAAUACACUGAAACGAUUAAGAACAACAAUAUAGCCACCAUUUGGGGACAGUUUAAUCAAAUCAUCAGAUUCGUCACGGUGGUCUAUGAGUUAUUCGGAAAUAAUAUUCAUUGUAUCCAACCGUAUUUAACUCGUUAUGUAGAAAAACUUGACGGUUUGAUUUGCGAAGCAUUAACUCUCAACAUCAGACGGUCGUUGGAAAAUAUGUUAAAGUUGCUUGUUGGUGACGGUUCAGGUCCGGUGCCAGUCAUUUUAGUUGACGCUACCUUGGAAAAUAAACAAGUAAAAUUCUCUUCGAGCUUAGCACAACUCUUGACUUUUUCUACGAACUUCACGCCAAAUUUACUAUUAACUGUACGGCCAAUACCGAGGCUUUGUCAUGUUUUCAAAGUAUCUGAAUUAGAUUUGAAAACAUACAGCGAUAUAAUAUCUCAUGACCAGAUAUGCACUCAAUUGCAGGAGAAAAUUACUCUGGCGACAAUUAAAGCUCUACAACAGUUUAUGCGCCAUAUGAGCAUAUUUCGACAAUACGAAGACAUUUGGACUAUAAACAAGCAUACGUUUAUAGACAAAUAUAAAAAACUCACUCCUUUGGCCGAACAUUUCCAUACAGACAUGACUCAGUACGCGAUUUAUAAGCAAUCCGUGGAAAAUAUCGCGCCAGUAGCUCAAGUUGCCUAUUUUUUGAUCCGGACAAAUGCGUUAAUCGAAGCAAUUAUUGAACAUUGCGAUAUGUGGCGUUCUACUUUUUCGCAGUUACUGCUAGAGAUGACGACUGAUCUUAUUGGACAAUUUUAUCAAUACAUACAAAUUAACAGUGCUCAUGUAAUGAAGUCGCCGGAAAACUUGUCUGAAAUGAUUUCUUUCAUUGAAAUCCAGAAGAAGAUAGCACGAGAAUAUGAUGAUAAAGGAAACGAGUUCACGGUUAUCUCAAAUAACAUAAAUAUUUUGGAUAAUUAUAACAGUCAGUUGUCAGAAUCUAUAAGGUCUGAUUACGGAAAGUUAUUUAAAACCUGGAAAAUAUAUAAAAACACACUAGAAGAUUCUGCAAUUAUGCUAAAAAGAACCCACAGUACCUUCAAAAAUGCAUUAUUAAACCAGCAAAAGAAUUUGAAAAACAAAGCAAAAGAAACGUUGCAAAACUUCUUAGAAACAGCGCCGAUUUCUACAGACUGUAAAUCAAAUGAUGCAUUACAAUACAUUGAUCAAUUAAAAACAACAGUUAAAAUCAUGAAAACCGAAGAAAAACAACUCAGCAAUGAUCUCGAACUUUUUGGUCUGAAAUACAUGCAUUCGAAAUCUUUGCAAAAGCUUGAAAAAGAAAUAUUACAAUUAGAUGAGGUUUGGACUAUAGUAAACAAAUGGGAUUCAAUAUGGAAAAGUUACAAAGAUAUUACAAUUACAAAUUUACAAAUUUCCGAAGUAAAGAAUGCCAUAGAACCAUUAUUUGAAAAACUUAAUGGUUUAUCCGAACAGUUAAAUAACAAAAAACGGGAAGUUAUAGAAACGACUCUAAACUUUCUUAAUAAAUUGAAUCAAACUUUACCACUAAUUGAAGCUAUAAAAAAUUCACCCAUGAAAAAUAGACAUUGGAACGAUGUACGGAAAAUAAUUGGCCAGAGUUUUGACGAGACACAAACCAAAUUUACAAUUGAAAAAAUUAUGGAACUUGGAUUUUAUUUGUUUUACGAGCAAAUUAUUGAUGUAUCCAAAAAAUCAACGGUAGAACUGAACAUCGAAAAUGUUCUAAAUAAUAUUAAGAAAAUAUGGGGAAGUAUAAAUUUAAAUGUCGAGCCUUAUAAAGACAGAGGUAUAUACUAUGUAAAUAUUAACGAAGAAUUAUCACAGAUAUUAGAAGAUCAUUUAGUGCAAAUAUCUGAAAUCAAAGGAUCCAAAUUUAUACCACUGUCUUAUAAUGAAGCGGAUGGUUUGGAAAAAGAACUAGGUCUCGUUAUGGAAACGUUGGAAUUGACAUUUUCUGUGCAACGACAAUAUCUUUAUUUAGAAAACAUAUUUGUGGGCGACGAUAUCCGACAGAGAAUGCCAAUCGAAUCAAUCGAUUAUGACAUUCUGACGGAAGAAUGGAAAGAAAUAACAUCAAACAUGUACAGAGUAAAAAAUGCGUUCAACGCCUGUCACUCGAGAUCCCUGCUGAAACAGUUAAACACAAUGAACUACCGUUUGGAGGUAAUACAAAACUCAUUGGAAGUCUACAUGGACACGAAACGUCGCAUAUUUCCAAGAUUUUAUUUCAUAUCUAAUCACGAGUUAAUCGAGAUAUUGGGAAACUCCAAAACCCCGGAACUCGUUCAGCCACACUUGCACAAAUGUUUUCAAAAUAUUCGCAGAGUCAACAUAUCGACAAACGACUUUCAAAAAAAAGAAGCACAAGGAAUGUUUUCGAACGACGAUGAGUACGUAGAAUGGACUAAACCUGUAAUAUGCGAAGGACUCGCCGAGUUCUGGUUAAAUUCUAUCGAGAUUGCAAUGCGGGAUUCUCUGAGACACGCUGCCAAGUACACAAAAACUUCGUUGAAAAAAAAUUUUAAGAGUUACGAAAAAUGGGUAUCGAACUGGCCGGGACAACUUUGCAUUGCAGCGUGCCAAAUUCAAUGGACGAACGAUUGCACAAGGGCCCUGUUAAAAUCGAAACUUCUGGGACACAAACACCCUCUAAAGAAAAUCUACAGCAAACACAAACAUGCGUUGACCAAACUCUCACAAUCCAUUCGUCGUGACUUGACAAGAACGACGAGAUUAAAAUUAGUCUCGUUGGUCGCUGUCGAAAUACACGCCAAGGAUGUUAUUGAACAGUUAUACAAGUCAAAUUGCACCGAAGUAUCUGCGUUCGAGUGGACAUCCCAGCUGAGGUUUUACUGGGACAGAAAAACCAACGACAUCACGGUUAAGCAAACGCACACCAAGCACGCGUACGGUUACGAGUACUUGGGAAACUCAAAAAGGCUAUUCAUCACCCCGUUGACCGACAGAUGUUUUGUCGCGUUGACCGCUGCCAUGCGGUCGUGUCGAGGUGCCAUAAUCAGCGGCCCGACGAACACCGGGAAAACCGAGACCGUGAAGGAUCUCGGGAAGAACUUGGCGCGCUGUGUUAUCAUGGUCGACUGUUCCGGCGGGCUGGACUAUAAAACCGCCAGUCGCGUGCUUUGCGGACUGGCGCAGCAAGGGGCUUGGGGUUGCUUCGAAGGCUUUUAUCGCGUAGACGCGGAAGUGUUGUCGGUGGUCGCGCAACACGUUUCGUCUGUACUUUCGAACCUCGCGGCCGGCUCGAGCUCUAUGGUUUUCGGAAAAACCCACGUUAAACUAGCGAAGACUUGUGCGGUAUUCGGCACCGCCAGUUUGGGCAGUCAAAAGAGGCCGGACGUCGUGGCCGCCAGCUUGAAAUCCGUUUUCCGCCCCGUCUCCGUGGUCGUGCCCGACAGCAGGGUCAUCGUCGAAGCAACGUUGUUCGCCGAAGGUUUUAGGGACGCGAGGAAUCUGGCCAAUAAAAUCGUCGCCUUGCAUUCAACCUGCGAACGAGUACUCAGCAAACAGACCCGUUACGAAUUCGGACUUCGGGCAACGGUGGAACUGCUCGAGUACGCCGGUCGACUCCGGCGACAACACGCCGACGUGGCCGACGACGAAAUUGUCGAGUUAGCCGUUCGCAACGGAUUCCUACCGAUGUUGGCCGACCGAGACGUGCCGUUGUUUAUGGACAUUAAAAACGAUUUCUUUCCGGACACAACUUUGCCGGACUUGAAACGCGACGAGCUAGUUGACGCCGUUAAACGUUGCAUGUUGGCCGGUCAGUUGCAACCGUCGAAAUCGGCGGUCGCCAAAGUUGUACAAUUACACGAGACCAAGCAACGCAGACGGUCGGUAAUAGUUGUCGGGCAAACCGGAGCGGCCAAAAGUCGCACCUGGAAGACGUUGCAAAACGCGUUGACGUUAUUGAACAGUCAAAAGGUCGAUGGAUUUGAACGGGUUACUGAUUACACGAUAAACCCGAAAGCGCUUACUUUAGAAGAGUUGUAUGGUAAGUAUUGUACAAGUGCUCGUGUAUGGAAAGAUGGUGUUGUGUCGUCUGUAUUGCGCAAAACUUGUUUGGAAGAUGGACCACCAGAACAAAAAUGGAUAGUAUUUGAUGGCCCAAUAGAUGCAAUAUGGACCGAACAUUUGAAUUCUGUUAUGGAUAAUAAUAAACAAUUGAUAUUAAGUAAUGGCGAAAGAAUGACAAUUCCAAAACAAGUGUCAUUUCUCUUUGAAGUCGAAGACCUAGAAGCGGCUUCUCCGACCAUGAUUUCCAGGUGUGGCGUAGUAUAUAAUAAUUAUAAAGACUAUGGUUGGCGCCUGUAUGUCGAUUCGUGGUUGGGUACAUGCAAGUACAAUUUCUAUAAAAAUCUGAUAAAGAACAAUUUCGACCAUUACGUUGAAAACUUGAUUAAAUUCAAAAAAACAAAUUGCAUCGAAGCUUUACCACUACCAGAGCUAAGCUGUAUUGUUUCUCUCUGUAAACUACUUGAAUGUUGUACUUUUAACGAUUUGGCCUUGCGAAUUCCGGAUGGCAUCAAUGACACUCAAUAUGAACUCCUCGUUAAAAAAUGGUUUAUUUUCAGCCUGCUGUGGUCUAUCUGUGGCGCUGUAGAUGACGAUAGCCGUAAAAAAGUAGAUACUUACUUCAGAGAGAUAGAAGGAGUUUUCCCUAUGAAAGAUACCGUUUACCACUAUUAUGUAGACUCGGUUAGCUGUAAAUUUAAACAUUGGGAAGAUAAAAUUGCCGACAAAACGUCAAAAUACAAUUCUGAAAUUCCAUUUUAUAAAAUAAUUGUUCCUACUAUCGAUACAGUUCGUUACAAUCAUUUAAUGGAAAUGUAUUUGAGUGUGAAACGGCCCAUUUUGUUAGUCGGCAACACUGGAACUGGCAAAACGUCGACAGUUCAAUAUAAAAUGAAUUGUUUGAGUAAAAAUAAUUACUCUUUUUUAACAAUAAACAUGUGCUCAUUAACUCUAGCCCGUGACGUGCAAGUGGCGAUAGAAGAUAAGUUAGAAAAACGCACAAAAGAACUUUAUCUUCCACAAGCUGGAAAAACGCUGGUAUCCUUUUUGGACGAUAUACACAUGCCUGCUGUUGAACAAUGCGGGGCAAAGCCUCCGUUGGAGUUGAUUAGACAAUGGAUUGACUAUGAGUUUUGGUACGAUUCGAAAAACCAGCGCGUCAAGAACAUUAGAAAUAUGUUAUUGGUAUGCGCGAUGUGUCCCUCUGGCAAUAAAAUUAGCAAUAGAUUUAUAAGUGGAUUCAGUGUGGUUAACGUGACAAGUCCAGAUGAAGCACAACUUUCCGUAAUAUUUGGAACGAUAUUGCGACAGCAUUUACUUGAUUUUGAUGAAUCCGUCGUAGCUUUAGAAACGAGAUUGACUUCAAUGACAUUGGAUAUUUACCAUAGAGUUGUAAACAAUAUGCUUCCGACACCGACUAAAACGCAUUAUAUAUUCAAUUUAAGGGAUGUUUCCAAAGUACUCCAAGGUUUGUUGCGUAGCAAUACACUUUACCAAAACGUCAAGGUAUCCAUGUUACGACUUUGGUGCCAUGAAGUAAUUCGAGUGUUCUCGGAUAGACUGACCGAUGACAACGACCGAAAGUGGUUCAUGGAUCUGAUAAACGAACAACUUAAAAACAACUAUGAACUGACUUACAGCAGUCUGUGGGCGUCCAAAACAAAUAUUAUAUUUUGUCACUUUUUGACCGGAAAUGGUCUGUACAAAGAAAUAGUCGACGAAAACUGUUUGAUGGAAUUUAUCGAAAACAGUGCUGCAGAGUAUAACUCGAAUACUGACAUUGUACCGAUAAAAAUUCAGCUCUUUGGUUAUUUCAUUGAGCACAUUUGCCGUGUUGCCAGAGUGAUAUCCCAACCGAGAGGUCAUAAGCUCCUCGUGGGUAUAGGAGGAUCAGGCAGAUCUUCUAUUGCCAAACUAAGCACUUGGCUUUGUAAGUAUGGUAUCUUCACAAUUGAGAUAUCAAAAUCGUACGGCCUUUCCGAAUUUAAUGAAGACUUAAAACUACUUUACACUGAGGUGGCCGUUAACAAUAAGGCUACAUCGUUUAUAAUCAAUGACAAUCAAAUAAUCGACGAGUCGUUUUUAAAGGUCAUAAACAAUAUUUUGUGUACAGGCGCAUUCUCUAAACUAUUCAAAAAAGACGAUUUCGAAGAGAUCAUAAGUACGGUUACAGUAGACGACAAACAAUCUGAUUCGUUUUGUACAAACGAAGAAAUUUGUUCAUAUUUAACAAAUCGAAUCAACAAUAAUCUGCACAUGAUUAUAUCUCUCAGUCCAGUUGGAAAAUUAUUCAGGAACCGACUACGACUAUUCCCAGGAUUGAUAAACUGUACUUCGAUUGACUGGCUUUGGGAUUGGCCUGACGAAGCACUACACGAAGUUGCAUCGAAAUCACUUGAUAACAUAGACCUGUCAACCAAAAUCUAUGGUUCAUCAGAAAGUUUCGAUGCCAGUCUUGAUAUUAUGCCACAAGAUGACUUGAGGGAAAAUAUUGCAAAGGUUUUCGUAAACGUUCAUCAAUCUGCAAUUCGAUUUUCCAAUCUCAUGAAAACAGAAACGCACCGGCACAACUAUAUUGCAGCGAUACAUUAUUUAGAGAUGGUAUCGCGGUAUAACGAACUUUUUCAUGAAAAGCGUUUGGAAAAUUACAACUUGACCAAUAAAUUGAGAAACAGUUUGCAAAAAAUUGACGACACUAGUCAAAUAGUGGUUGAAAUGACAAUGGAGUUAAAGAGAGUGAAUGAACUAGCUGUGAACUAUACGAAAGAAUGCGAAGCGUUAUCCUCUAAAAUGUCCAGUCAGACUGUGGAGAUGGACGCAAAGAAGAAGGCAGUAGACAAUAGUAAAACGAAACUUAUAGAAGAAGAGUUGAAAUGCCAAGAGAUUUACGACGUGGCAACAGCUGACUUGAAAUCAGCUAUGCCCGAAUUAGAAGAUGCCACUAACACUGUGCGUUCACUCAGCAAAAAGGAUAUCUCCGAAAUUAAAAGCUUCACCGAGCCACCGGAAGGAGUGAAGUUGGUAUUAGAAGCUGUAAUGGCACUAAAGCAAUCCGAUUCCAGUUGGGCCGAAGUUAAACGACAACUGGACGACCCAAAUUUUUUGAGACAGUUAGGUGAUUUCGACAAAGAUCGUGUGCCAGAUAACGUCCUCGAACAAAUCAACAGCUACACGACAAGCGUUGAAUUUAAACCGGAAAAAGUUGGCGCACAAUCUGCGGUCGCUAAAUCAUUAGCCCUGUGGGUCAUAGCUGUUGAAAAAUAUGCUAAAAUACACAGUGCCGUUACACCAAAAUUAGCAAUAGCGGAUGCGGCAAUGACGUUUAUUAAAGAAAAACGAAUAGCUCUUGACGAUACCGAGGAACGGCUUUUGGAAAAAAUUAGUUCACUGGAACAUUUGAAACGCGAAUACAGCGAAAAGGUUGCAAGAAAAGAACUUCUUCUAAAAAAAGUGGACGAUUUAAAAGAGAACAUGGAAAGAGCCGUACAGUUGAUCGACGGUUUGUCUAGUGAACGGAUGAAAUGGAACCAGACUGUAAAACUACUGAAUGUCAGGCUAAAUGAUUUGACGGGAGAUUGCAUUCUAAGUUCUGCUUAUCUAUCAUACAUGGGGCCGUUUAUGGCCAAGUACAGGAAUCCUUUGAUGUCCCAUUGGUCUGAGUGUACCAAAACUAUGGGAAUUAAUUGUAAUCCUGAUUAUUCGGUUGUGGAAUUUUUAUCCAAACCCAUCACUAUCAAGUCGUGGAACGAACGUGGUUUGUUUGACGACGAUCUUAGCGUAAAUAACGCCAUCGUCAUAAACCAAAGCCGUCGGUAUCCGUUGAUAGUGGACCCACAAUAUAAAGCGUGGACCUGGAUCAAAAACACUGAACAAGAAAACGGAUUGAAAGUAGUUGAUUUCAGAAUGCCAAACCACAUGACAAUUUUGAAAACCGCGUUGAUAGAAGGCACGCCGACGAUAGUCAGAGUGUUUUCUGAAGAUAUCGAUCCUGUCAUAGUCUCGGUGUUGUCUAAGUCGAUUUUAAAAAUAGGAAACGAAUGCUUUAUGCAAAUCGGCAAAACUCGUAUCCCGUACAACGACCGUUUUAGAAUGUACAUAGUUGCCAAAAUUAAGACUGUGUCUUUUACGCCAGAAAUAUUUUCUCGGGCUUCGGUAGUAGAUUUUGCAAUUCAAGAAGAAGGACUCGAACAACACUUACUAACUCGUUUGAUUUCAAUUGGAAACCCUGCGUUGGAAGAACGCAAACUAGAAACAGAGGUUAAAAUUGAAACGGAAAACAAAAAUUUAGCUGAUUUGGAAAAUGAGUUACUGGAGAUUUUAAACAAAAGCGAGUGUCCAUUGUUAGACAACGAAAAUCUUUUCCACACAAUCAAAUCUUCAAAAAUAGCGAUAAAAACAAUUAAGGAUCAACUUGCCAACUUAUUCGUAACUCGAACCGAAAUUAAUACAACUUUUCAAAGUUUUAGAGCUUUCGCGAAACGUGCCACGAUAUUGUUUUUCAUUCUCAACGACCUCAGCGAAAUAGAACCAAUGUAUCAAUUUUCGUUAGAUCAUUAUGUAAGAUUAUUCGAAAAUUCAAUCAAGGAAAGCAACGCUGUAGAUCAGCUAGAAGAAAGAAUUAAUUUCUUAAAUGAGUAUCACAUGUACGCAGUGUACAAGAACACGUGUCGUGUAUUGUUUGAGAGCCAUAAGUUGCUUUUUGCGUUUCAAAUGUGUUUAAGAAUAUUGACGAUAGAAAAUAAAGUGAACCCGGCCGAACUAAGGUUUUUACUGACUUGUGAAGCCAAUCGUAAAAGUGACAAACUAGACACCAAUAAAAAACCAGAUUGGUUGCCAUUAAAGUGUUGGAAGGACGUAUUAGCGUUAAAACACUUAUCCGCGUUUAGAGGAAUCGAAAAAUCUUUUGAGUUAUGUUCAUCCAAAUGGAAUCAGUGGUACACAUCAUGUAACCCCGAAAAUCUUGAACUAAUAGGUGAUUGGAAUGGUAAAUGCAAUUCCUUACAACGAAUGUUGCUUAUAAGAUGUUUGCGACCUGAUAGAUUAUCGUUUUCCAUCAAACAUUUUAUCGUCGAUAAUCUUGGUCCACAAUUCGUUGAGCCACCCACUAUGGACUUAAAAUGUAUUAUGGAAGAAUCGAAAAACAACAUUCCAGUGAUGUUUUUAUUAUCGCCUGGCGAUGACCCUAUGCGAAUUCUAGAAAAUACCGCCAAAAAUUACAAAAUGAAAGAUAAAUUACACCGUUUGUCAUUAGGAAGCGGCCAAGAAAUGAUUGUCAAAAAUGUGGUAAAAAAUAGCCAAAGAGAAGGCCACUGGGUAUUUCUCGCGAAUUGCCAUCACUUGCUGUCGUGGGCGCCUCUUAUAUAUCAACUGAUCGAAUCAAUGGAAGAUGGCAAAGCUCAUUCGGAUUUUAAGCUAUGGCUGAGUUCGUCCUCUCAUCCGAAUAUUCCGAUUUCAAUUGUACAGAGUUGUUUAAAAAUAUCUAUUGAAACAACGAAGAACUUAAAAUCGAAUUUGAGUCGUUUAUACGAAAACAUCAAUGAAGAUCAAUGCGUUCGAAAUUCACCGUCUGAUAAAAUGUACAAAAAGUUACUGUUUAACUUGUGCUUUUUUCAUUCGAUUAUAGCACUAAGAGGAAAAUAUCGAAAUCUCGGAUGGAAUGACAAAUACACAUUUAGCUUUGACGAUUUUGCGCUUUCGGACACCAUGUUGUACCAUUAUGCUGAACACGAACGACCGUCGUGGAUGGCAAUUCGAUAUUUUAUUGGAGACAUUUUUUACGGAGGUAACGUCACAAAUUGCUGGGACAAAAGACUCUUGGACGCAUAUGUACAUCAAUAUUUCGACGAAAACGCAUUAACCAUAUUUAGGCUUUCGUCUACUGUUGAACUCCGUAAUCCAGAAACCGAAUCUUUUCAGUCGCACAGAGAGUGGAUAUCGUCUUUGCCUUCCCAAGACAUUGCCCAAUCGUUUGGGCAACAUACAAACGCAGAUGUAGCAUACUCGACACACGAAAGCCUUGAGAUUUGUCUGACCCUCGCACGUUUGCAAAAGCUGCAAUGUACGACGGUCAAGCUAAAUUUCGAAGAGGACCAUUUAUGUUCGUAUUACAUUGGACUCCUGCAAAACUUGCCCGAACCGAUUAAUACUGAUAAAAUAAUCAAAACUAAUAACGGUUUAAAUAUUAAUCUACUGGAUGCAGUUUUUGUGCAGGAGGUGUCGCUCUAUAAUACUUUGUUACAAGAAAUCAAAGCCAAACUUAUCGGUUUAGAAAAAGGAAUCAAAGGACUGACCGUUAUAACAAGCGAUCAAGAAGAAAUGUACAAAUGUAUUGCCGAAGGUAAUGUACCGGAGCAAUGGAUUAAAGCAUACCCUUCAACGAUGCAUUUAGGUGCCUGGCUUAACAAUUUAAUAGAACGAGUAAAAUAUUUUCAAAAAUGGGUAGAUACCGUUCAAUUGCCGAUAGUGUCUUGGUUGGGAGCAUUCAUGUACCCAACUAGUUUUCUGACUAGUAUUUUGCAAAUAGAGUCACGAAAUUCUUCAGAGGAAAUAAACUCGUUGAAAUGGGAACUAUGGUCUUUACCUCACCAAGACUUAAAAACACAACCAGUUAAAGGAAUAUAUGUGCACAAAUUAUACUUGGAAGGUGCUGGUUGGGACGAAGAAAACAUUUGCUUAUGCGAACCAAGUUAUUUACAGCUCGUAGCCGAAUUGCCGUGUGUACAUCUUGUGCCAGUUGUUAAUAAGAAAAAAAUUAACGACAUGACGUAUGAAUGUCCGGUGUAUUACUGCCCCCUGAGGGCUAUAAUGAAUGAAAAAACAUCUUUUGUAAUCGCAUUACACUUGCCGAGUGGACAGAAACCGCAAGACUAUUGGUUGAAACGAGCAACGGCCAUUUUACUUAAUUUAGACAAAUAGUUUAACGAAUAGGUUAGGUUAGAAAUUUGUUUGAUUUUAUUUGUAUGGUUUUAAAACGAACCAUUAUUGUUAAGACAAAACAGAGAUAAUGAGUGUCUUACGUUAGUUGGAUCACCGCCUGUACAUCAUAAC